AUCAGGUGAUUAUCCACCUGACAUAUUUUACUAUUUGAGCAGAUUAAUACACUUUUGGCAUCCAAGAAAUAUUCCUUAUUUAUGGAAUGCUUAGAACCUCUCGACCUGUCUGUUGCGCAGCGUCCGGUUUUAUUAAAAAACGAGACUAUUUUUAUAACUACAAAAGAUGUUUGUCUCUACUUUGGCAAUCAACGUCUAAUAGAAUUUAACUCGGGGCUAGUUUAUGUUACCUCGCAUCGCAUUAUGUGGGUGAACGAGACCAGGCAUCAUGCAGUUCAACUGCAUCUGGCACACAUCAGGCAGAUCGAUUAUUCAAAUGGCUUUUUACGAUCCUCGCCAAAAAUCAUACUGGAUCUACUUCCUUCUGAAAUCUCAGCAUUACAUUCCACCAGCCCCACUUUCAUCUCCUUUUCAAAAAGCACUCAAGAUUUAGUGUAUAAUCCGAGUCAAUCUACUGAAUCAAUUCUACCAGAAUGGAAGUGUGAAGUCUGUGAUGAGAUGAAUGGUGCCAAUGCUGCCAAAUGCGCCAUGUGUGGUGUGCCCAAUACCAACUCUCCUAUACCAAAUAGCCAAGCGGUCUGUGCAAGUUUUCCGCAAACAAAAACUACAUCCACUGCUGCAUCAAACGAAUGGACGUGUGAAAUAUGCGAUGCAGUAAAUACGUCAGAUGUGUCGAAAUGUCGGAACUGCGGUGUGCAAACCGUGAAUAGUUCCAAUCACAAUAUUAUUUCUGAUAUAAACUCAUCUUUACCUUCCAAAUCAACACAAAUCAAAUGCACUGCAUGUACGUUUUUAAACCACCCCGACUUGACCAGCUGUGAAAUAUGUAAUGCUCCACUCUCAUCCGCCUCUCAACUUCCAGAAAGCAAUCCAUCAGAUUUUGGAUCAUCGCCAAUUGAAGAUGCCACACAAUCAAAACUAAACCUUAAAUCAACCGGUCCUGGCUCAAUACUAAAGCUAUCUUUUCGUGGGGGUGGAAUGACUGAUACAUUAAAGCAUAUUAAACAGGUUGUUGCAGUUAAAGCAUGGGAGAAAGUAGAGACUCCUACAACUCCUAAUCCCUCUAUAUCGAUCCAGCCGAACCAAGCAAGCAUUGGUGGUGUCUCUGGAAUCAUACGGAAUGUGGAACAAACCAGGAAACAGAUGAACGAUACGGUUGGAGAUGCAUUUAGCGAUCUUGAAAACCUCAUGGAAAACGCAGCACAGAUGGUGAAACUUGCCGAGUCGAUCAGCAACAAGCUUGCUAGUUUAUCUAUUGCAAGUGAUUCUUCUGAGAUGCUUACGUUUCGAAACUAUCUCAACGAAAUCGGUAUUUCCAAUCCUGUUACCAAAGAAUCUGCUGGCGAUAUGUUUAUUCAAGAACUUUCGCGACAAUUGACCGAGUUCCUUGACCAAAUGCGGUUGGCAGGCCAUUCAGAAAUGAUUCCCCUUACUGAUUUGUACUGCUUGUUCAAUCGCGCCAGAGGUGUUGCAUUGAUAUCGCCGGAUGAUCUAUACAAAUCAGUAGUGGAGUUUGAGCGUCUUAAACUUCCAUUUAGACUUCGUAAAUUUGACAGUGGGCUCCUGGUUGUCCAUUAUAGUGAUGAAGAAGUUGCAUCUAAAAUUUUGAAACUAGUUGCAGAACGUCAAACUGGGCUAACUGCAGUAGAGUUGGCCAAGCUGACAUCCAUUUCAAUUGUUUUGGCAGCAGAGCAGCUUUUGAUGACAGAGCAAGUGGGACUUACUUGUCGCGACGAUACACUUGAGGGAUUGUUUUUUUAUCCCAACUUGUUUACAUAACUUGCUGAUACAGACUACGUUUUUACAAUAUCCAUUAUAUGAUUGGUUUGAUAUAUAUCAUGAUGGUCUGACUUGACUAGCAGCUACCAUUUGGCUACUGAAAAAUUGGAAUGUUUGCUUGGACUAUUCUGAGAUAAUAUUUUGAUUAUGUUGCAAUACUCGAUUUAAAAAUGUGAAAUGAAUUCCAUCGAGUCAC